AUGGUCAUAACACAUGGUGACAUGAUUGUCCUGGAGCUUUCUUACUGGCAAAGCAUCCUACGCAUGGAAAGGACAACCGCAGCACUUCUGUCAGGUGCCAGUGGCACCGUGCCACGACUUAUGUUCCUCCCGAGCCACGUUGUUGACACCGAUAUGUUGUGUCUGCAGUUCUUGGCCGACUUCUCGCGUACAAGAAAGGCUCCACGGAUGGCUUCAGUCGCCGAUGGCCAUAUGAUCAGAACAAGUGAAUUCUUCAAGCACUAA